UGGGUUUCUCCCACUUAACAAAUGUUUUUCGCAUGCAUCAUGAAUCUCACUAUCGUCAAGAACCCACCUCAUUUGUUGGGUUCUUUAUCUAUCAACAUUGAUUAAAAUUGAGGUAAAGAAAAAUUCAAUCUCAUUAUCCUCAAGAACCCACCUCAUUUUUUGGGUUCUUUAUCUAUCAAUAUUGAUUAAAAUUAAGGUGAAGAAAAAUUCUGAGAGAGAGCGAGCGAGUGAAAAGGGUGAAAUUAGAUGCUGCAGUUACACAGCUUGCCGCCAUGGAGUUCCACAAGAAAUUCACAAUCGAGCUUUAGCUUACCCAAGAGGUGUAUUUAUCAGCGGGAGACACGCAUUAUGCUUGUGAAAAUUUCUGAAUCGAAAAGCCACACAGCCAAAAAAUGGAGGACGAGCUCUGGAACAACAUGGCGGAAGUCGAAACCUUCAUUUGGAUUUAGUGUCUCCUGCAAAGUGAAUCCUCAUAUCUCAAUGAUGAAUGCAAAAGAUAAUUAUUCGGGUCAUGGAGCUCAACUCUUGAUGGCAUCUCUCUUGUCAUAUUCUUUUGUUAGAUUGAUGCAAUUAUACAGCAAUAAUACAGCUACAGGAUUAGUUCGACUGUCACUCUACAAUGCAGUUCAAACAUUUUGGUCCUCAAAUCCGCCGUUUGCAUGCUUGUCUAAUCCCGUGAAUAAGCCAACACCACUCCAGCUUGAUGUUUCUUUGCCUUCAUUUCAAGAUAUCAGAUGGAAUGUCUCUCGUCUUGUUUAUUUAUUCAACAUCCAACUGGAGAGAAAUGUUGCCACGUUCUUCAUUGUGCUUCUUGUGGCAUGCUUUUCUUUUGUCAUUAUUGGUGGCUUUCUCUUCUUUAAAUUCAGGCAUCAAGGCAGGGAAUACCAGAGCUUUUCCCUUUUUCGCUGUCUUGUUCACAUACUUCUGUUUUUCUGUGCAACUAUAUUGCUGGGCAGCAAUCAAUCUCUUGAGGAUUGUUUUUGGGAAGCUUGGGCUUGUUUGUGCUCAUCGUCCACUCACUUGAAACAAAGAACUCGAAUUGAGCGUGUUCUUGGUUUCGUUCUUGCUAUUUGGGGCAUACUGUUCUAUUCUCGGCUAUUGAGCACAAUGACUGAACAAUUUAGAACUCAGAGAAGGAGACAAAGAAUUCUUCUUAUGUCCGACCUUCCUAGGAAACAGAUGGACAAGGUGGCUGACAACAUUGCCAAAGAUCUUAACCAUAUUGAUAUUCUAACAAAAAGUUGUAGUCUAAGUUUAACAAAAUCAUUUGAACGAGCUGCAGCAAGUAAAGCACGUGCCAUAAUUAUACUGCCAACAAAGGAAGAUCGGUAUGAAGUUGACUCGGAUGCAUUUCUAUCCGUUCUUGCCCUUCAGCCUCUUCAGCAAAUGGCCUCUGUGCCUACUAUAGUUGAGGUCUCGAGUUCAAGUACAUCCGAGCUUUUAAAGUCAAUCUCAGGCUUGAAAGUGCAACCCGUGGAGAACGUCACGUCCAAACUAUUUGUUCAGUGCUCUAGGCAAAAAGGACUUAUAAAAAUUUAUAAACAUUUGCUCAACUAUCGGAAAAAUGUAUUCAACCUCUGCAAUUUUCCCCAUCUAGCUGGAUUGAGUUACGGACAGUUGAGACGUGGAUUUCAAGAGGCAGUUGUUUGUGGGCUUUAUCGAGAUGGACAGAUAAAAUUUCACCCAAGUGAUGAAGAGAUUCUGAAUGAAACUGACAAGGUAUUAUUCAUUGGGCCUGUGCACGGGAAGAAGAAACCACUUCUAUCAUAUCCUCAUGAAGCCAAAGACGAUGACUUCAUAAAUAUUUCGAGAGAGAGGCUGGACAGUAUAGUCAAAAGACCCAAAAGGUCGGGCUCUAAGGCUUCUGAUUGGUGCUUAGGUCCUAAAGAGUGUGUGCUGGUGCUCGGGUGGCGGCCUGAUGUUGUGGAGAUGAUCGAAGAAUAUGAUAACUACCUUGGACCUGGCAGUGUCUUGGAAAUUUUGUCAGAUGUUCCUUUGGAUGACAGAUACAAGGCUUGCAAACUUGCUGGUCAAGGAAAGCUGAAAAAUAUUCGAGUUUCUAAUAGAGUUGGAAAUUCAAUGGAUUACAACACGUUAGAGGACACCAUUAUCGACAUUCAAAGGUCUUUCAAGAAAGAAGACGAGGUUUCAUUUUCCAUAGCCGUACUUUCUGAAAAAGAUUGGCAAGUUGGAGAUCCGUCAAGGGCAGACAAAAACUCUGCAUAUUCCCUUCUUCUUGCUGAAAAUAUAUGUGGUAAACUUGGUGUAAAGGUGCAAAACCUUGUAGCAGAAAUCGUGGACUCAAAAUUAGGAAAACAAAUUACACGCAUCAGACCAUCGCUCACAUAUAUUGCAGCAGAAGAAGUAAUGAGCCUUGUGACAGCUCAAGUGGCGGAAAACGUUGAACUGAAUGAGGUUUGGAAAGACAUUCUGAAUUUUGAGGGCGAUGAAAUAUACGUAAAGGACGUUGGCCUUUACAUGAAAGAAGGAGAGAACCCCUCAUUUAACGAGCUAUCAGAAAGAGCAAAUCUACGUAGAGAAGUUGCUAUUGGUUAUGUUAAGAGCAACAGAAAGGUCAUAAACCCAAUUCCUAAGUCGGAGCCUCUAAGUCUUGGACUCAGUGACUCGUUGAUCGUUAUAUCCGAGCUUGAAGGAGAACAGCCAGUGAUUAUGUAGUUUUAUUUUUCUUUCCCAUUUUUUGGCUGGGAAAACUAAAAGUAUGAAAAUUGGCAAAAUGGUUGCCAAAUAGCUUUGCAUGUCUCGCUCAAUGAUAUGCCGUUCGUCAUUUUCUUUUCUUGUGAUUUACUCUGUUCGUUCAUUUGAAAUUGCGAGUUAUCCCUCUACAUCUUAAUAAUAGUAGGUUUGAAAUUAACUACCCUNUUUU